AUGAUGGCGUCUACUCCCAUCUCAAUGCCCUUGAACAUCCUUACCAAACAGCAGCUCAAAAAAAGCGAAGACUCCCUAGCAUUAAGCCACAUAUCCCAAUGUCGCAACGAGCCAUCCCCCACCGAGGGAAGGGACGACUCCGCUCUGUCCCUGAAACAAAUUCCGAGUCUGAACAAUAACAGCAUCAGUAGCUUCACCAUUGGUGCAUCUUGGUUGACCAAGUCGAACUCUCUCCACUCCUCAUCAUCAUCCGUGUAUUCCUCGUCAGAGCCGAACAACAAACGGCAGUAUACCAUGACAACAACGAACAGUGAAACGAGUGCACGAAGUAGUAUUAUUUCUCAGAGUCAAGAGAGUGCGAAGAGUACUGUUAGCUCUGUGGGGGUUACGAGUGUGAGUGAGGAUAGUCAGUAUAGUCAGAAAUCUGCACAGCAACAACGACAACACAAACAAAAGAGGCGAGGUGAGGGACUCAAGCAAGCGUUGAGCUUAUCGUCGUUGCAGAUGCGAGAUAGUUUUGAGAGGAAUCCGUUUAAAUGGCUGUGUCGCAGAUCGGAUGCUAGUAUUCAACUAUCAACGAGUCAACUAAAAGUCGAUCAAGUGUUAGAAUUGGAAGAUCAAUUCGAUGGGCUCGUCCAGAGAAAAGAUGUUAAGAUGCAACCCCCUCAAGUAACACCAACCGAACUUGGACCGAUGAUUGUUCAGAGAAUGGAAAGACUAGAAGAAAAAAUUGAUAUCUUCUUCUCAGGCUUGUCGACUCCAGCAUCAAGGUCUAUGAGAAAUACUGCCGAUGCCACAGGUCUCAAUCCAGAUGGCAAGAAACCUUCACAUAACACGUAUGCCCAUUCCCAAAGAAACGACUUCCCAAACACAAAAACAGAUAUAAACAACCAUCUCAAAAUCCUAACCGCCGAAAUCAACCAUCUGACCAAAUCCAACAACAACCUCUCCUCUUGCAUCGAUGCCCUCGGCUCAUCUGGCCUGAUUGAUCUUCUCGAAAUGCUGAGCUGUUCACUUGAACGGCUCUAUGCUGCCAUCAAUUCCUUACGAGAUGAACAAGAACAACAACAAGAUGCCGCUUCAAAGAAGGAAAAUAGCGAACAACAGCUCGAAUCACAGAUAGAGAUCAUCCAACGCCUCGGAUUUCUUUUGGGGCAGAGGGAAGAGCAACUCAAACAUGAGCGGAAGCUUAACCAGAGUUAUAGGAAGAAUAUUGAAGGGUUGGAGGAGAUGAUUCAUGUGUUGGAGGAGGAAUGGGAGAGGGCUCUGCCGUUGAUGGUGCGUUCAGAUGUGGAGGGAGUUAGUGAUGUUAUUGGGAGGUUGUCGAGGGGGGUUGUUUAG